UCUGAACGCAAUGACAUUUGAAUACUCUGCAAAUACAGUGACUCUAGUUCGCUCCGAAAAGUGGAUAGUUGUUAUUACAUACAAUCGUCGUGUCAAACAGUACCGACUCUAGCAACGCGGUUAAAAUUUGAAGAGUCCGCAAAGAAAUCUAUAACAAUGAGUAAAGAAGCACGAAUCUCUGCGCAGGAAAUGACGCAAUAUCGCGAGAGGUUAAUGGGCCAAAAGGAAUUUCUAACUGACAUACUAUCUAAGAUUGACAAACAAAUACUUGCUUUACAGGUCGAACGAUUGCAUUUGAGGAACACUCUACUCGGAGCGGAAUAUCCAGGACGAGAAAUACUGCCUGAUGCAUCGACGAAAGACAAACUUAUGAAAAUUGAGCCAGUAGACGAUGCGCCGGAUCUGACGAAACAGUUGGAUUUGUCUGUAGCACCUCUUGUAAAUAACUCGGAGGAAUCUGAAGACGACGAACCAAUGUGAUUUCAUAUUCCCUAAAUAAGAAAAUAAUGAUCAGAGAUUUAGAUUUGUUACCGAUUACGCUGUAUUAAUAUAUACUAUAAAAGAGAGCUAAAUAUGAGAGUUUACAAUUUUAUAAAAAUCUAGAAAAUAUUUUGUAGUAAAGUGCACUGCGAUAUAUCA